AGGAGGGGCUCGGCUCGGCUGCGGGACCGCGGCUCGGCGGCGGAGCCGGCGCCCGGCGUCUUGAAGCAUAAGGUGAAGGUUUCUCUUCACGGUGCAUGGACGGAAAGCCAAUGCGCAGGUGUACCAGUACUCGACCAGGGGAGACCGGAAUGGACGUGACCAGCCGUUGCACCCUUGGAGAUCCUAACAAGCUGCCGGAAGGGGUGCCGCAGCCCGCUCGCAUGCCCUACAUCUCCGACAAGCACCCUCGGCAAACUCUGGAAGUCAUCAAUCUUCUCCGGAAGCACCGGGAGUUGUGCGAUGUGGUUCUGGUAGUGGGUGCGAAGAAGAUCUAUGCCCACCGGGUGAUUCUGUCAGCCUGCAGCCCUUACUUCCGAGCCAUGUUCACCGGGGAGCUGGCGGAGUCUCGGCAGACAGAAGUAGUGAUCAGAGACAUCGAUGAAAGGGCCAUGGAACUGCUGAUUGACUUUGCGUACACCUCUCAGAUCACUGUGGAAGAGGGAAACGUCCAGACCUUGUUGCCAGCUGCUUGUCUUCUCCAACUGGCUGAGAUCCAGGAGGCCUGUUGUGAGUUCCUUAAGAGACAGUUGGACCCUUCCAAUUGCCUGGGUAUCCGAGCUUUUGCUGACACUCACUCAUGUCGUGAGCUGCUGAGGAUCGCUGACAAGUUCACACAGCAUAACUUCCAGGAGGUAAUGGAGAGUGAGGAGUUCAUGCUGCUUCCUGCCAAUCAGCUCAUAGACAUUAUAUCCAGUGACGAGUUAAACGUUCGCAGCGAGGAGCAGGUGUUCAAUGCAGUGAUGGCCUGGGUGAAAUACAGCAUUCAGGAAAGAAGGCCCCAGCUGCCACAGGUCCUGCAGCAUGUCCGCCUGCCGCUGCUGAGUCCCAAGUUUCUUGUGGGUACAGUGGGAUCUGAUCCGCUUAUUAAGAGCGAUGAGGAAUGCCGGGAUCUCGUGGAUGAAGCUAAAAACUACCUGCUGUUGCCCCAGGAGCGGCCACUGAUGCAAGGCCCGAGAACUAGACCACGCAAACCCAUCCGUUGUGGAGAAGUGCUCUUUGCAGUGGGGGGCUGGUGUAGCGGGGAUGCAAUUUCCAGUGUCGAGCGCUAUGACCCUCAAACCAACGAGUGGCGGAUGGUGGCUUCCAUGAGCAAAAGGCGCUGCGGCGUUGGAGUUAGCGUGCUGGAUGAUCUCCUCUAUGCUGUGGGAGGCCACGAUGGUUCCUCUUACCUUAACAGUGUAGAAAGGUAUGAUCCGAAGACUAAUCAGUGGAGCAGUGAUGUGGCCCCUACCAGCACCUGCAGAACCAGCGUUGGAGUAGCAGUUCUGGGAGGCUACCUCUAUGCUGUGGGUGGCCAGGAUGGUGUCUCUUGUCUCAACAUUGUGGAAAGGUAUGAUCCCAAAGAAAACAAAUGGACUCGAGUGGCUUCCAUGAGCACCAGGCGCCUGGGAGUUGCAGUGGCAGUACUAGGGGGCUUCCUUUAUGCUGUGGGAGGCUCUGAUGGGACUUCUCCUCUCAAUACUGUGGAACGCUACAAUCCCCAGGAGAACCGCUGGCACACCAUCGCACCCAUGGGGACACGGCGGAAGCACCUGGGCUGUGCGGUAUACCAAGACAUGAUCUAUGCUGUGGGAGGCAGAGAUGACACCACAGAGCUCAGCAGUGCUGAGAGAUACAACCCCCGAACCAACCAGUGGUCUCCUGUUGUGGCCAUGACAUCCCGCCGGAGCGGAGUUGGCCUUGCCGUGGUGAAUGGACAGCUGAUGGCAGUGGGGGGUUUUGAUGGCACAACAUACUUGAAGACCAUUGAAGUGUUUGAUCCAGAUGCUAACACCUGGAGGUUGUACGGUGGGAUGAACUAUCGGCGGCUGGGAGGAGGAGUAGGUGUUAUCAAAAUGACACACUGUGAGUCCCAUAUAUGGUAAGCACCCCGAGGGAGGGACACCCCCUCGCUCCUCAUUUCCAGAAAAAACGAAGAGACUCGUUGCGGCUGGACCCCUUUGCAGCUCUAGUUUGCAUGGUCUAGAUCCAACGUAACUCUUUGCCAGUGACUUUUUCUAUGGAAUGACAAAAGUGACUUCUGUGAGAGUGUGCCCAACGGGAGAUCACGUUGUCAGACUCCAGGGAACCACUGGACAAAAGUACAAGUGUCACUUAUGUCCCUAUUUUUUCUAAAUAGUCUACACUUUGGAAGAAACCAAACCGUAAAUUACUGUAGCCUAAACAAUGCUGAUGCAGAGACCACGUGGUACACUGGGAGUCUGGCAAGGAGGAGAGUUUCCUGCUUUCCCUCCUGCUGUGUGGAUGUGGCAGCUUGUGUGGUGAAAGGAAAGUGAUCCAGAAAACAUUGCUUUUUGCCUUAUUUACAGAGAGCUUCAGAAAACAAAAAGUACUUGACCUGCAAGGUGCCACCUUUGCACAGAAGCUUUUCUGUGCACAGAGUAUAUUUAUUUUUCCAUUUAAUUUGUAUCAUGUAUUUUCUUUGUCUCAAUUAUAGAGAUAAUUCCAGCUUUUUGUAUACAUCUAUAUGUGUGCAUAUAUAUAUGUAUGUAUUUAUAUAUAUAUAUAUAUAUAUGUAUAUGUAUGUGUGAGAUUUGAGUUUCAACAAGCUGGUGGUUAGGGCAGGGCUAUAUCCUGCCAAUUAUUGUGGUUCCAACCCUUGUGGUAUGUUUUAAGGUUUCUUAAGAGUACAGAAGAGUUAUGAGGAAGGGUGCCCCUAAUAUCUUUUCAGUCUUGCUGGAGGCAAGUAGAAGAACUGAAACUUUCAUCUGUCGACUGAAUCGGUGAAGUGCCCUGAAAGGGUGAGAGUGAAAAGGGUUUAAAAUGAUGCCUUUUUACUGUACAGUGUAGGGUAAAAAAAUCAGCUUUUGCCUCUCCCCUCCCCUUUGUCUGAACCUAGAAACAACUAACUGUUGCUUACUUAUCAAAACCUUUUUUCUCAAGUUGCCUGCUAGGUAUUGGUUCUUGUCUGAAGCUGGGAUGCAGGUGUCAUCCCUUAGUUCUGACUAGCCUAGAUCAACACCCACAGCUCAGGUUCUUGCUGGGAUGGCUGACUCAGUCAGCUCCUGCUGAAAAAAAGCUGAGACCAGCAUCACCUUAGCUGCCCUCCUGCCUCUUUUGAGUUCCUGUCACAGAACACUGACCAGGCUGAGACAGUGCCCUCCCUUUUAGUGGUUUUUGUGCACUUUGCCUGUGUGUAUUUAGGGCAGGGAAAGGUGUGAAAGGCUUUGGAGGCACUUUGUUUGCUGGCACUCUCAGGAACAGUCACGUUUCCUUGACUGCUGAAGCACGCAGGGCUGGGGGAGAGGAAGAACACUAGACUCAAAGGUUCUGAUAGGUUCAUACUGUAAUUUCUAUCUAGAAUGACCUUUUGCACCUGAUAACUUCAGACCUUACUCUUUUAGAAGCAGAUUUAGGAAGAGGACUGUAAAUUCUUGAGAUGAAAAAGGCAGUCCUGAUAUCUUAAGAUCCUUACCUUCAUGUAACUCAGAUUUUAAUGUGCUUGACUAUAGUAAAAAUUACACUACAGUAAUAAAUGGGUCAUGAAAACUUUUUUAAAAGCCCCUUUUCCCCUGAAGGUGGGUAUUCUUGUGUUUACAUAUGAAGAUCAUUUGCACCUUUACAAGGAAAACAAGUAUUCGGUAAACAAAUGUUUACAUGUAUCAUUUAUGCUUUUUUCUAGCAUGAGUAACUUGUAUAAAU